GGGCAUGUAUUUUUAGGUUGAGACUACAUGUUAUCCUGUCUACUUCUCUACAGUGGACAGUGCAGCUCUUAUAUCCAUGUGUUACAUGUGUGCAGUAUUACGUUUAUUGAACAUUUUGUGUUCUUCCCAUUUCCCCCACUAUUCACUCCUCUGCACUCAGCUGUCAGCUCUUGGCUUCCUAAAGGUAGCAUAGUACUCUACUCCAAUGGGGAGAUCACCAUGCUGUGACAAGGUUGGCCUAAAGAAAGGUCCAUGGACAUCGGAGGAGGAUGAGAAGCUUCUUGCCCACAUCGAGGAGCAUGGUCAUGGGAGCUGGCGUGCAUUGCCUUCCAAGGCCGGUUUGCAGAGGUGCGGCAAGAGUUGCAGACUGAGAUGGACCAACUACCUGCGGCCGGACAUCAAGAGGGGCAAGUUCAGCUUGCAGGAAGAACAGACCAUCAUCCAGCUUCAUGCUCUUCUUGGCAACAGGUGGUCUGCCAUCGCGACGCACCUGUCGAGGCGCACCGACAACGAGAUCAAGAACUACUGGAACACCCACCUCAAGAAGAGGCUGGCCAAGAUGGGGAUCGACCACGUCACCCACAAGGCCACCAACGGAGCUCCUGUAGGCACCGCAGCCAGUCUCAACCACAUGGCCCAAUGGGAGAGCGCCCGGCUCGAGGCCGAGGGGCGCCUGGCUCGAGAAUCCAGGAUGCGCACAGCAGCCUCCACACCAACCUCAAUCCCUCUGCAUCCAAUAAACCUGCCAGAGCCUACCACUCCCCCGUGCCUCGGCAUGUUGCAGCCAUGGCAGGGCGCGAAGCUAGACCUGGAGUCACCCACCUCCACACUGACGUUCAUCGGUAAUAAUAACAGUGUCAGCCUAGGGGCGUCUGAAAGCAACUCCGCGAUGUGGAAGUUGAGAAGUGAUGAUCCGGAGUGCGAAGAGAACAGCGUCCACAAGUUCCUCCGCGAGCAGCAGAUGCAAGGACUGGAAGGCGAGGAGAGGGGAAGGCACAUCAUUGGCUGCGAGGAGCCGUGGUUCCAAGGGACCGUAGGCGUCGGAGCUGGCUUCACAGACAUGCUGCACGAUGCGUUAGAUUGCUGGGGUGAGUCCAGCAAUGGCCAAGCCGAGCUCAGCGGGCAGGUCUCCGGGGACGGAGAGAGCGGCAGCAGCAGCUACUGGAGCGGCAUCCUCGGCAUGGUGGUCACCUCGGAGCUGCCACCAUCCCACCCCCACCCACCAGCAUUUCUCUAGGACGACGGCCGUCUCUACAUUCUUCUUCUUUUCUUUCCGGCCAGGGCUUGCAGCAUUUCUCUAGGACGACGGCCGUCUCUACAUUCUUCUUCUUUUCUUUCCGGCCAGGGCUUGCAGCAUUUCUCUAGGACGACGGCCGUCUCUACAUUCUUCUUCUUUUCUUUCUGGCCAGGGCUUGCAGCAUUUCUCUAGGACGACGGCCGUCUCUACAUUCUUCUUCUUUUCUUUCCGGCCAGGGCUUGCAGCAUUUCUCUAGAACGACGGCCGUCUCUACAUUCUUCUUCUUUUCUUUCCGGCCAGGGCUUGCAGCAUUUCUCUAGGACGACGGCCGUCUCUACAUUCUUCUUCUUUUCUUUCCGGCCAGGGCUUGCAGCAUUUCUCUAGGACGACGGCCGUCUCUACAGUCUUCUUCUUUCCGGCCAGGGCUUGCGCCGAAAUCGACCGAAUCCUCCGAAAUCGGAAGAAAAUAGCAAGAGGAUUCUACAACUACUACUGGCAACAGGUCGCUGUUUUUGGCUCAUCCUCAUGUGUAAUUAGCCACUACGUACUACUGUAUUGUGACCCUGAGGAUGCAGUAAAUAAAUGCAUAUUGCUUUCUA